AUGAUGGACGCUAAUAAUUACCGUAAUCGCAUCGACGGCCGCGUGUGGACCGUCUUUGCGGCAGAAGAAUCUUCCUUUGAAGUUGGCGCGAAGAUGAUCCCGCUUCUCCGUGUCAUUGAAAUCUCCAAAUUAGCCCUCUUGGACAGUUACUGGUCGCUAGUGGCCCAUAGGAAAGAAGUAAUGCAAUAA